UUAAAGAGGUGCGCCGACCAGACGGCACUGACUUUCUCCGUUGAAGAAUCAGCGAGAUGAAGAGCAGCGCCAACCCGGCACCAUGCGCUCCAGGCUCCCACGGACCGCCUGCCUAUUGCGACUCAUUGCACUCUGCAUCCUUCUCUCGCACACUGCAGCUUAUUUUGGGCUGACAGGUCGGGAACCUUUGGUGUUUUUACCGGGUCCGUUCUCCAAUGAAGCUCCUACAGGCAAGGCCCAUCUGAAGCAGUGCGAGCAGAUGACUCUGACCAAGCGGCAAAAGAGACUGUGUCGCAGGGAACCUGGUCUAGCCGAGACGCUGCGUGAGUCAGUGCGCCUCAGCCUGCUGGAGUGUCGAUAUCAGUUCAGGAAUGAGCGCUGGAACUGCAGUCUGGACGGCCGCGGAAGCCUUCUGAAAAGAGCAUUCAAGGAGACCGCCUUCCUCCUGGCAGUGUCCUCUGCCGCGUUGACCCAUGCCCUCGCCAAAGCGUGCAGCUCAGGUCGAAUGGAGAGGUGCACAUGUGACGAUUCCCCUGGCAUCCAGCAUCGAGAAGCGUGGCAGUGGGGGGUCUGCGGCGACAACCUGAAAUACAGCACCAAGUUCCUCAAGAAGUUCCUCGGCCAAAAGAGGGUCAGCAAGGACCUGAGGGCUCAGGUCGACACCCACAACAUCAACGUCGGAAUUCGGGCAGUGAAGAGCGGUCUGAAGACAACCUGCAAGUGUCACGGUGUCUCCGGUUCUUGUGCCGUACGGACUUGCUGGAAACAGCUCUCUCCGUUCCAUGACACCGGGCGGCUGCUGAAGUACCGGUAUGACACCGCAGUGCGAGUGCUGAGUGUCACCAACACAGCCACCGGGGAGACAGAGCUGGCGGGGCCCCGUCGCCACGGCCAGAGCCUGCGCACUACUGACCUGGUCUACCUGGAGGACUCCCCCAGCUUCUGCAGACCCUCCCGAUACUCUCCGGGUACAGGCGGCCGCUCGUGCGCCAAAGACACCAGCUGUCAGAGUCUGUGCUGCGGGCGCGGUUACAACACAGCCAUGCGCCUCACUAGCCUGUCCUGCCACUGCCAGGUACGCUGGUGCUGCCAAGUGGAGUGUCAGACAUGUGUCAGAGAGGAGGAGGUGUACACCUGCAAAAACGCAUAAGCAGGGGACAGAAAUGAUGUAGUAUGUGAAGACUUGCAAAAAAAAAAGAAAAGAAACGAAUGAUCCAUUGAGUCAGUGGAAAAUGUGUGAGAGACAAAGCGUUUUGAGGUGAUCGUCAUUGAUCUUCAUUUUCAUCAUUCACAUAUCAACAUGGCUGACCUUUAAUCUCCUAUAGACACUGAGGGAUCUCACAUCAGAGACGUGUCGUCACAGAUUCUGAGUUGCAUGUUAUUUUGACAGGAAUAUAGAAUUGUAACAUUAUAAUAUCGCUGGUUAUUUGCUAAUCAUCACCGAUUUGAUAUGCAGCAGCUUAGGUGAGCUACUCUGCUUUUUCCUCACUGGAUGCACUGAAAUCCCACUCUUCUCGGGAAGGAGGGAAACGAGCUCUUAAAACAGGUACUGGACUGGACGUCACCAGCAGUACGACGCCGACCCCGUCUGCAGGAGUCCUCUGACAGUGACUUUGUUGUAUUGUAAUUGUGUUGGCCCCUUCCACUUUUUAUUAUUUUUACUAUUUAUUGUAUCAUUCAUUGUGUCUGUCGUACUGCUGCUUUAUACUUUAACCCUCUUGUAACCGAGUGGUGCCACUAAGGCUAAAAAGGCCUUAAAAGGAAUCAACCUGUCUGUCUUUCUGUCUGCUGUGUUGCAUUUUCUGCUGUGGAGAAUGUUUAUGAGUAAAAAGCACUUACAUUGCUCUUGCUACAUAUGAUACAUAGUGUGUAAUUAAUCAUAGAAAUUAGAAAAAAGCGUUAAAUGUAUGUUUAAAUGUCUAAAUUUAAUCACUGGAAGCCUUGAGGGGUGGUUGAUGCCACUAAUAUACAUUGUAACUACUUGCAUUAACAGGAUUACUGUGUAAAGAAACAAGCUGGGUUUCAGUUGCUCUUAUGGAAAUGUCUAUGGAAAUCUCUACAUGUAGCCUAAUGUGUGCUUAGCAGAACAAAGAGAAACAGUCAGGGGUAAUAGUGGGGGAAACACCAAACAACGUCUGCUAAAAAGAAUGAAGAAAACGUUAAUUUCUAAACAUACCAGUCCUCUUCUUCUAUUCCUUCUAUUUAUAGAGGCACACACUAUGCUACACUUUCAAGUUUAAAAUUGCCCUGACUGAAUCAUUUGGUCUUCAAAGUCUAAUUAAGCCACAUCUUUGUUCUAAAUGCCUUUGAAGUGGGCUAAUCAUGCUCCUUAUUUUCCCCAAAUUGCUAAUCAAAGAAAAUCACUGUGUUUACUCCCUUAUCCUCAUACCCAAGACGACUCUAUGCGUCCAAGAAUGCAGGUCAAAAGUGCACGUUGGACCCAAAAGCUUUAUUUUAUUGGCCAGUUUGUGUUUUGUUUAAGUGGUUCUGAACUGUAUAUAUGAUAUGAAUAUAACUCAUGUCAGGGCUCCAGGCGUAUGACAAUGUGGAAUCAUAAUUUUCUACCUCACUUCAUCUUUUGGCAAAUAUCAGCAAGAUUUAUGACCUGUGCGGAGUUAUUCUCUCUGUAGAUACAUGUCUUUUCCUCUGCAUUUGUUUUAAAGACAAGAUCAUAUUUCAGAUUUUUUUGUACAGUCCUUUUGAAUUUGGUAAUAUAUCUCCGUAUCUCAAAAGUAAAUGUUUUUUUUUAAAUCUUGUUGCAUUAUAUUCUUAUUUAAAACAAAUAAGAUGAAUAAAUGGACAAUACAUUUGU